UCGCUGUCAAGAGACUUUAUGCAAGCUGCAACAUGUCUGGAGAUCGCGAAUUCUUUGCUGAAAUGGAAACACUUGGAAAGGUAAAACAUGAAAAUCUAGUACCCUUGGUCGGGUAUUGCGCACUUGAAGAUGAGAGAUUCUUGGUUUACGAGUACAUGGAGAAUGGAAGCUUAGAAGCUUGGCUUAGUAAUAGCACUUCUACAACCAGGGUGCUAUGCUGGCCAACCAGGUUCAAAAUUUGUCUCGGUUCAGCUCGUGGUCUAGCCUUUCUUCACCAUGGAUUUAUCCCUCACAUUAUACAUAGAGACAUCAAAUCCAGCAACAUACUGCUGGAUAAGAACAUGGACGCUCGAGUUUCUGAUUUUGGGCUAGCGAGGAUCAUAAGUGCAUGUGAGACACAUGUCAGCACAAUGUUAGCAGGCACAUUCGGCUACAUACCACCAGAAUAUGGGCAAGCAAUGGUGGCUACAACAAAGGGAGACAUCUACAGUUUUGGGGUGGUGAUGCUUGAGCUAGUAACAGGGCGUGCACCGAUAGGGCAGGCAGAUGGCGAAGGCGGUAACCUAGUUGGUUGGGUUAGGUGGAUGGAGAAAAAAGGAAAGGAAAGCGAGAUUUUAGACCCGUGCUUCCUGGGCUCUUCAAUUUCAUUGAAGAACCAGAUGCUGUGUGUUCUUCGCAUCUCCCGGUCUUGUACAUGUGAUGAACCCUCGAAGCGGCCUACAAUGCUUCAAGUUGUGAAACUUCUCAAUGAUGCCAAAAUUUAAUGAAACAGUUCUUUCUAUAUUACCACAUUAGAAGUUUGGCUACUAUAUUGUAAAUUUGUAAUCCAUGAAAAGCUUCACCUAUUCACUUUAUUAUCCUACAUGUGGACUAAAAUAGUAACUACACAUUACGACAAAACUUAUAAGUAGAUGACACAUUUUGUUCAAGCCUAUAUCCGUCAUAACAGUUCUCCAACCGUCUCUCGAUUGUGUUGUUCACCAAAGAGCUCAAUGGGUAUGAAGUAAACCCGACCAUUCUACACCUAGAGUUCCACUUCCUAAGAAGCUUGUGUUGUUCCACCCUUUCCGUCCCCUUGCAGACUAUUUUGUCCACAUUAUCUUGCGCCAAGUAAUCGUGGGU